GACAGUCAUCACAUCUUCGCCAGGUUAAGGGAGUCCGUUAGUCAUUCUCCCGCUCAAAGCAGAGUAAAGUGGUUCACUGUGUAUGAGAGGAAUGAAUAGGAACAAACAUAUUUAGAGUUCGGAAGCAGUGGAGUAGCACUCCCAGUCGUUCACUCGUUGACAGAAGCUUGAUUUGGUGGGCAAAGGAAAGUCGUUCAUUUAUGCAAUCGAGAGCUCUUUUAUCUUCUGAACUUCUUUACCCGACUGGAAUUUUGUUUUCUUGUUCGGUCUAGCGCCCGUUCACUGUGAGCACUGAUUUCAUAGUAGUACCAUUUGGUUGUAUCUGGUAUAAUUUCAGAGUAUGCACUAUUGGGUGAGAUUGUCUAUCUCACUAUAUAUUAUCAAGAUGAUAAGCAAUUGAUAAUUUAGUAACGUCAACCAGUCAAAUGGAGUAUAUUACUUUUUGAAGUAAAUGAAAAUCUGCAAGAACUUAUUCUAUGAAUUGAAAGAUACGGGCUUCUACCCGCUGCUUUUCACCUAAACUUCAGACUGGGGUUUUGACAAUUAUAACUGUACAACUGUCAUAUGAUUAUUGUUCUCUAGUCAAAAUGAGCAGCAAGAAACGUCCAGUGUCAAGGACCAGCAGUAGCAGUGUAACGGAUGCCCUCUUUCCUGGUGUUAAUCUUGAACAAGCGGAAAAGGAUGCCGUGCUUAAGGAAGGUACAAUUGACAAGGAAUCUUCAAGCCUCUUCUAUCCCUGGAGACCUAAAUUUUGCGUCCUCACUCCAGAGAAUCUAACCAUCUUCCGCUGGCAUUCCAAAAAGAAAUCAUCCCAAGAGAGGGUUCGAAAUAUUCUAUAUCGGAUGCCCUUGGAUGAUGUUACAGCAAUCGCCAACAUAGCCAAAGGGAAGAAACAUAUUCACUUCACAAUGGUGACGAAAGAUGGCACUCUAGAUCUACGUGUUGGUCUGAACAAUCGCGAGUGGCUCACACAGAUUCAGAUGGCCGUUUUGGCGCGGAAAAAUCGACGUGAUUUCGUGAAAGAGUUAAAGACAAGAUCGUCUGUUGUAGCCAAUAAAUUCAAAAGGAAAGCAUUAAGACGAAGAUCGUUUACUAAAGAUCCAGAGUACGGAGAUGGUAUAGGAAUAACAAUAAAGAAUGAGGGAGAAACGAUCGUUGUUGCUCGGCUCUUCUCUGAUGGCCCAGCGGCUAAGAAAGGAACAUUAAAAAUCGGUGAUGAGAUUAUAGAGGUGAAUGGUCGAGAUGUUCAUGGCCAUCAUGCAGAAAAGGUGGCGUCUAUCAUCAAAUCACAAACAGACAAAGUUAUUCUAAUGAUCAAAUCUUCAAAUUCGAAGAUCUCAGUUGGAACACAAAGCGAGUAUCGUCAUACAAUAUGUGGUGAUGCACUGAAAAGACCAAGACCACUCAGUAUAGUUACAGGAUCAGCAAUAUCCAAUUCUCGAUCCCGACGUCCCCACUCCUAUGCACACAGUAGCUCGUCCGAUGCGACCGGCGAUCCGAGGUCGAUGACGGCCGAUCUUCUGAAGUCAAUGAGGGUGGAUGAAGAGGAGAAUGCGUCUGGUUCGGACGGGAUUUUUCGACCUCUAACUCGGGAACGACAUCCGAAGCUAAGCCGAAACAGCAAGAAUCUAUCGCUCCCACUCUAAAAUAAAAACCUAGAAUAUUACGAAGUUCAAGUCGUUUGACAUCUGAAUCACAAUAUAGAACUAAUAUGAAAAGCAAAACUGUGAACAAGUUCGUUCUGAUCAACUGAAAAAUAUCAAAACGUUAUGAAUGAUCAAGUUGAAUUUCAAAUUAUCAAAACUUUUCUGGGAUUAAAUAAGCAUUGAAGCGAUACCACUCUAUCAUCAUGUGAUCUGCUACUAGUAUAUGAAAAGGUAUAGAGAUAAUUUGAAUCAAAUUCUGGAAGAGAAAUAUGCAUGAUGCGAUGUCACAUGAAAAAAAAAUGUUUGGUAGGUUUUUGUAUAUUCAAUCUAUGAAUUAAAGGAUAAGUCCAUCCCAAUAAAAAUUUGAUUUGAAUAAAAAGACCCCCAAAAAUCCAACAAGCACAACAUUGAAAAUGUCUUCAAAAUCGGAUGUAAAAGUUAUGACAUUAUAUUAAGUUUCGCUUUAUUUCACAAAACUUUUAUAUGCACAUCCUGGUCGGUAUACAAAUGAGGGGACUGAUGACGUCAUUCACUCACUUUUUCUUUUCUUUUUGUUUUUGGUAUAAAAUAUGAAAUAUUCUAAUUUUCUCCCCAUUGUCCUGUGAAACAAAGUUUCAUUCCUCCCAAACAUGUCUACUUACCAUUGUUUUAACAUUUUGUUUCAGUCAAAUCGGUCCUUAGUGUCAUAUCUUUAAAAAAAAUAUAUCUGUAAAAAUAAGAUAUUGUGUAAUUCAUAAAAACAAAAAAAAACAAAAAUAGUGAGCGAGGGAUAUCAUCGACUCUCUCAGCAUUUUUACGUCACUGGAUUACGCAUUUAACUGUUCCAGUUGUGACAAAUACGCGAAACUUUACAAUUUUACAACCUUUCUAUUUUAUAUCCGAUUUUGAUAAAAUUUUCAGCGUUAUCGGCUUGCUUGAUUUUUCCCUAUUGAUUCAAAUCAAUAUUUUUCUGGGGUUGACUUGACUUUCAAGAAAAAUAAAAAUUUCUGGAUUUCUGUGAAUGUCAAAGCAUUAUAUUCUAAGUAUCAUUUCAAAUUCCAAAAAUAUUUUUUGGCAUUUUUAUUUCAUGCAAAAGUAAUUUUAUGUAUAUAAAUGUAUUUGCAAGCCCCAAAUUAUCAUCUUGAAACUAACAGACGUGGUCUAAGAUAUUAUUUCGUUUUAAUUCUUAUAUUUCAUGUAUAUAUAGGACCUACAGACUUUAAGGUUAUUUCUGCAUAUAAAUAUUUGAUCUUUUUAUAACCGGUGUAUUCCAACUAUGGAUAUACCAUUGAAUUAGUCGGUUGCAGUCUUUCUCUACUCCCAAUUCAAGUUCCUGAUCCUUUGUGUUUCUUUUGAAUCUGACUCCAAGUUGAUAGGUAUGAACAAAGUUGUCAUUCACUUCAAUUCGGGAACAAAAUUAAAAUCAUUGAUAGUUAGGGUAUGUACCUAUUGUAUGAGUUUGUAAACUAUACUUUUUCUUUUACAAAAGUUAUUUCAAAGGGCUUUAUCUAUGUAUAGAAGUGAGGUCAGUGUAUUUUGUUCAUAUAGAGGAUAAACAAAGGAGAGUUUGAGGUGUUUUUAAAUGGAAAAAUUAGAUGCAUGAAAAAGAAACCUCUCUUUUCCUUUCUUUCUUUUCUUUCCCUUUGUUACUCUUCCCUUUCUUCAUCAUUAAGUAAUCUUGGGUUGGCCUACCCGUUGCCCGCCAAUUUCCGUGUAUGUUGAAAUGGUCUUUUACUAUUAUAAACUAAUUCUAUUUCGAAUUUUCCCCAACUUGCAGUUCCAUGAUUACAAGAUUCAAAGUAAUGCCUCAACACAUUACCAAGUUAUGCACCUGUUGGUUGUAACCUAAAUCCCUCUACUUUGAAGCCCAUACACUGAGUCCUCCAACCUGAUGAUUGACACAUCUUUAUUUACAAAAAGGGGAAAUAAACAUAGUAAGCAAAAAAAAUAUAUAUAUAAUAAAAUAAACCCUGACACACUGUUUCCAUAAAAUGUGUUUUGUAAAAAAAAAAGGGGGGGGGUGUUCAAUUUACCCUAUCGGUACAAUUCAUUCAGGUCUGGUUCACUGUAUAUAAUGUAAAUUUUCAGAUAAAUUACAUGGAAUACUUUUUGGAUGAUAUGCUAGCACAAUCAUUUGGCAAUGGACACGAUUAUUUUAAUCUGUCAAUAUUCAGAUAAAUUAGGUGAACUAGAGAAUUACACUGGAAUUGUUAAAGAGAAUAUUUAAAUCUACGUUUUUAUUCAAGGGUCCAGAUGGGAUAAUUUUCAAAAUGAAAAUCUGUAAUAUCAAUUUUAGUGCAAUUAGGAACACUAUAUUGUAUUAUAUUCCAAAGUAUAGCUGUUUAUUCUGUGUGACUUUUCCAUUGAAUGUGCAAUUAAAAUGUAUCUUUAUUUUAA